AUGAUAGAAACGCAUUUUUAUAAAAGGGGCUGUUUGAAAACCGACCGUGAGCAGAUAAUCGUGAAGGGCGUCUCUAAAGGUGUGAAGUUACACCUGAGUCCUGAUGCACCAUCCAUACCUUCUCCAGGACAGGCCUAUGGAUAUGAAGAAGAUGCUCAGGGUGUCCUACUCAGAUUCAACCCCCCCAUCAAAGACCAGACCCUUGGCCCCGCCUUCUACAGUCCUGUAACGGAGGAACUCUCUUCUUCAAAGAAGUAUAAAGGUGUGCACUUUAGCAGGAUGACGGGCCGGAAAGAUCAGACGAGGGAUGCAGACGGGCCUGGACCAGGACAAUACGACCUACAGGACGACCACACAGCCCAAUAUGAAAACGUGAAUCUGAGGCAAGAACAGCGAGGUCGACCGGAGCUGAUCCUCCCUCGAUACCAUGAGCUGAUCACAUUACAAGAGGAAAAGAAGGGCGUCCCAGGUCCAGGACAGUACUACAUAAAAAGUCAGUUCGAGGAUCCCAGUGCACACCGAGGUCCAGCAUCGAACCCACCGUUCCUCUCUCAAGCUCAGAGGUUCAGUUCAUCUAAAGAUGAAGCGCCCCCUGUUGGUGCUUACGAUGACCCGCGCUGUGCUCUUGAGCUUCUGAAGAAAAGCAGCGGGGUAAAUAAAAGCCCCUUUGGUGCGACUGCUGUACGCUUCCUUCCAGAAAACCAAAUAAAGAGCACACCAGGUCCUGGUGCUUAUAACGUGUGUGACUAUAGUUUAUCUCAGGAUAGUUUAAAGAAAUCCAAAAUAAAGGGCGCAAGGAAAGGAGCUUUCGGAUGUGUUGCACCUCGCCAGCUCUUCCACCCCAGUAAAGCGGGAAUACACGGCCCGGGUCCGGCACAGUACAACGUGAUGAAAAAAGAAGAAUUAUAUAAGAAACGGAGCACCGCCGCUUUUAAAUCGACCACUAACAGACUUAUGGGUUCCCUGUACGCCAAAGAUACGCCUCCGCCGGGCUCGUAUAACGUGUGCGAAUCAUUUGAGAAGAUUCACGGCGUCCAUCGCUACAGCCGACCACAAAAUGAGAAAGCGAGAAAACGACAGAGCAGCUUUCUGUCCGCCGCCCCCAGAGACCCUGAGUUUCUCCGCUGUGACCCUCAGAUCCCAGGUCCAGGUCAUUAUAGUCCAGAUGUGAAGUCUGGUCCAAAGUUGGCCCUGAUUGGCUCAAAAGAAGAUCGGUUUAAGUGCCUUAAGGACAUCACUCCAGGACCGGGAGCAUAUGAGUUGAGUCCGGUCAUCAAGGACACCGUUCUCAAAGGCACCUUCAAUGUGACGCUUCUCAACCCUUUAACAUCCAGCACCAGAUCUUUACCUUCACAAAGGUCUCAGAAAAAAACUACAGCUCACAGCAGUGCCUAACUCAGGUCAAAGGUCACAGACUACUAAAAAGGCCUGGGCUAUGCCUCUCCCAUUAAACACAUGCUUCUCAGGAGGUCCUGACACACGCACACCUCUUUAUGGGUGAUAUAUUUCCCCAGUGCUCCAAGAAAAUAAAUCAGGAUUCUUUAAUGCGUUUGAUGUUUCGGGGUUUUUGUGCGUCAUAAAUUCUCAGCCCUGCCCACAAUAACGCAGCCCUAAUGUAGCGAGAUCUAAGCGUACACAUACACACACACACACAACAUCUCGAUACGGUUAUACACACCCUUUUAAUCUAAUUAAGCAUUUACACACUCUCAUUAUUCAGCAGACCGGACGAGGUUGGGGGAGGAAUUGAGAGACGUCCAGGCCGAGAGAGAAAGAAAGGUUUUAGCUCUUUAUUGAACUGACUUGUUUUACAUUUGCAAGCUAAUUGAAUCAGAUAAAUCACUGUGUCGGACGCUCGCUUUCCGCCCGUAUGUGUGUGUGUGUGUUUGGACCGUUGGGACUUUAGGUGUACUAUCUUAAAGUUUCUAAAUUCAAGCAGUUAAAGUGGCUAUCGUUUUCCCCUCAUCCUACACCAUGCCAAAAUAA